AUGGCAAACACCAAUGACGAGCAAGAGCGUGAACUAGCUCAAGUACAAGAGUGUCUGGAUAUCAUUACGUACAAGCACAAUGGCCAGAAGUAUCUGAAUCGACUCGGAGCCAGGGCUAAACCUAACCAACGCCUUGCGGAGGUCUUUGGCAUCAAGAAUGCCUUCACUAACGAGAAUCCCAAGAACCAUGGAGACUUCAGUAAAGAGACCACCAAGCGGAUGAAAGAUGCCUGCAAGAUGAUUUUCAAGGAUGAUAAAGGUGACUGGACUGACCUUCAAGAACGUGCAGUCGAGUACUGGAAGGAAUACAUGCAACGUGCGGGUGGUCAUGGAUCUAUCAACCUUGCAGAGUUGGCUCAAUUCAUUACCUUGAAGCUGUCGCUUUUGUACCUCUUUGCCGAUGCCGAGAUUGCAUCAAAGACUAAAGACAUAUUCGAAGACAUCAAGUUCAUUGGCCACCGGAUCAACGACCUCUGGAUCGAGUCAAAGAAGCCAGACGGCGAGAGACCGCAGUGGGCAGACCAAUGCGACCUCCAUAUGUCCUUGCGCCGUGUGACAAGUGCAACCUCUGUCGACAUGCCAGGAAGCUAUACUCAAGAAAUUAGCAACGGAGCAGAGCCGACCGUCCCUGAGGAGAAUCCGCUGAACUUCCUCCUCCCAGCAUAUGAGACAAUGUGGCGCGUUGUCCUUCGCUGUUUCAUCGAAGUCCACCUCCGUGAUGCUGCAAACAAAGCAGAAUGGCAUCUUGUCCUCGCCAACUUCCUAGACAAACUCAGAAACCCAACCUGCAUGCCCGACGCAUUUCACCGAGACUCGCCAAUCGGCCUUCGUCCCAGCGACAUCGCCAAGGAGUCACUCCGCCUUUAUCCUCCAAGCCGUCACGUCCACCGCGACUUCAACGGUGAGUUGCACCGCGCCGAUAUUGAAAGCUGCCAUCGAUUUAAGCUCCUCGGUGGUGAUGACCCUCUGGUGUUCCGCCCUGAGCGCUGGCUCAACAUUUGCCCGGAGGAGAGGGCGGCGAAAGUUGCGGGCCUAGCGUCAAAAGCUAAAAUAAAGGCACUAAAGAACAGGGAAGAGAAGCUUGGGUUCAUGCCUUUUGCUACUUAUUGUACUGCUGAUAAGGUCGAGACAAGAGCAUUUGCAAUGAAAAUGAUAGUGAUGCUUGUGGCGGUCUUGUGUGGUGGGUUGGGAGAGGAGUGGGGAUUAAAGGAUAUUGGUAGCUUGCCAAAGCAUGGUGUUCCGCUUCAGUCGGACAGGACGGCGUAUGGAAAUUUGGUUUUGAAGAGGAUUUAG